UGAAGUGAAACAAUUGACUUCAACUUCUCUUCACCCUUUUUCUUCUCUUACUUCUUCAUUGUCGACUCGCAACUGGAGUUACAAUGUCUUUGCGAGCUUUCACGGGCCUGAUGUCCGUAAAACACUUCUCAGCCACAUGCGUGAACAGUUUAAUGUCAAUGGGAUCACUAUGUAUAAUGAUCAAAAGAUGGUGAGAAGCGAAGAGACAGCUCCUUCACUCACAAAUGGUAUAAGAGAAUCUAGGAUCGCGAUUGUGAUUCUCUCCAAGAAAUAUGCUUGUUCAAGCUGGUGUUUGGAUGAAUUGGUGGAGAUAUUGGAGUGCAAAAAAACUAUGGGACAGAUAGUGAUGACCAUCUUCUAUGGAGUGGAGCCAUCUGAUGUACGGAAACAGACCGGGGAAUUCGGGAUCGCUUUCGAGGAUACUUGUGAACAUAAGACGAAGGAGGCAAAGCAGAAAUGGAUCAAAGCUUUGACUAAUGUGAGCAACAUUGCUGGAGAAGACUUCCUAAGAUGGGCAAAUGAAGCAGACAUGAUCAAGCAAAUUGCCAGAGACGUUUCAGAUAAACUCAAUGCUACACCGUCUAGAGACUUUGAUGGCAUGGUGGGACUUGAACCUCACAUAAGAGAAUUGAAUUCUUUACUAAAAUUAGAUGAUAAUGGAGUUAUGAUGGUUGCAAUCACUGGUCCUGCGGGAAUUGGAAAGACCACCAUUGCUAGGGCUUUACAAAGUCAAAUCUCUAAUAGGUUUCAGCUUACUUGUUUUGUGGACAACCUUAGGGAAAACAAUCAUAGUGGUUUUGAUGAACAUGGCUGGAAGCUGCGUUUACAGGAGCAAUUUCUUUCAAAUCUUUUGAAUCUUGGUAGAAUUAGGAUAGGCCAUUCUGGUGUGAUAGAAGAAAGGCUAUCCAAGCAUAGGGUGCUCAUCAUUCUUGAUGAUGUGUACCAUAUAAAGCAAUUAGAAGCGCUAGCAAAUAAAACUACAUGGUUUGGUUCUGGAAGCAGGAUUAUAAUUACCACAGAAAACAAAGAGAUUUUGCAGCAACAUGGUAUCAAAAAUAUGUACCGUGUGGGGCUUCCAUCUGAUGAACAAGCGCUCAAGAUCUUAUGCAGAUAUGCUUUUGGAAACAACUCUCACAACCAGGGGUUUGAAAAGCUUGUACCAAGAGUGACAAAGCUUUGUGAUAACCUUCCGUUGGGUCUAAGUGUUGUGGGCUCAUCUUUGCGUGGGAAGGAGGCGGAUGAAUGGGAAGAGGUACUGAGCAGGCUGGAAACUAAUCUUGAUCGAGAUAGCGGAACUAUUCUUGAUCGAGAUAUUGAUGACGUACUAAGAGUUGGCUACGAGAGUUUAGAUGAGAAUGAGCAAACGCUAUUUCUCCACAUUGCAGUCUUCUUCAACUAUAAAAGUUGGAAUCUCGUGAACACCAUGUUCGAUGAUAGUGACUUGGAUGUCAAACAUGGGUUGAAGAUCCUUGUAAACAGAUCUCUCAUCCAAGAGACCAUUGGAUAUGAGCAUAGAAUAGUGAUGCACAGAUUACUAGAACAAAUGGGUAAAAAAGCCAUUCAAAAACAAGACCCUUGGAAACGCCGGAUCUUGAUGAAUGCUCGGGAGAUUUGUGAUGUUCUUCAACAUGCCAAAGGUACAUGGAAUGUUCUUGGUAUAUCGUUUGAUAUAUCAAGAAUCAACGAACUAUCCAUCAGCAAGAAAGCUUUUAAAAGAAUGACUGAUCUCCGAUUCCUCAAAAUUUACAAAAGACAAUAUGACGGGAAUGAUAGAAUGCAUAUACCGGAGGAGAUUCAGUUUCCGUGCGGACUAAGGUUACUAGAUUGGGAAGCUUAUCCGAGCAAGUGUCUUCCUCCUACGUUCAAUCCUCAAUAUCUUGUUGAACUCAGUAUGAAGAAUAGCAAGCUCGAGAAGCUAUGGGAAGGGAUCAAGCCGCUUGCAAAUCUCCAGAAGGUGGAUUUUUCAGGAUCUGUUCAUUUGAAGGAACUUCCCGAUCUUUCAAAUGCAACAAAUCUUGAGAAGUUGGAUCUAAUAGGCUGCGAGAGCUUGGUAGAGAUUCCAUCCUCUUGUUCAAAUCUUCACAAACUACAGAAGUUGUGGGUGAGUGGAUGCAUAAACCUACAAGUACUUCCAGCUCGCAUGAACUUGGCAUCCCUUGAUGAAGUAUUCAUGAGAGGAUGCUCAAGGUUGAAAAACAUUCCAGUCAUGUCAACGAACAUCAGAAAACUGUGUAUAUCGGAGACAGCUGUUGAAGAUGUGCCUGCAUCAACUAAGCUAUGGACUCGUCUUACGUCUCUCAUUAUAAACAAAGGUGGAAAGCUCAAGAGAUUAACAUAUCUCCCCAAGAAUGUCACAGAUCUAGACCUAAGCUAUUCUGAUAUUCAAAAGAUUUCAGAUAGCAUCAAAGCCCUUCAUCAGCUACGGAACCUUAAUCUAGCUGGCUGCACAAGACUCGCGUCAUUACCAAAGCUCCCUGGCUCGCUCAAAACCGUAAUAGCCGAAGACUGUGAAUCACUGGAGACCGUAUCUAGCUCUUUGAACACUCCAAACGCGCAGCUCAAUUUCAUCAACUGCUUCAAACUAAGUCAACAAGCAAGAAGAGCAAUUUUUAAACAAUCUUUCUUUAUAGGAGUGGCACUCUUACCAGGAAGAGAAGUGCCUGAAGAGUUCGAUCACCGAGGAAGAGGAACCUCAUUGACCAUUCGUCCAGACGGUAACCCUUACAGCGGCUUUGUGGUUUGCGUUGUGAUUUCCCCUAAGCAGCAAGAGUUUAGUUUUUCCCAGCUAAAGUGUCGUCGCAUAGGCGUAGCUCAAGACGACUUCUAUCCAGUUGAAAUGUUGGUAUACGUAGGUGAAGUCCACAAGUUUCGAAGGGAGCAUCUAUUUGUAUUCGACUCUCGGUUUCUAGAGUUCUACCCAUCUGAUAUGAGCAGAGAGAUAGUACUCGAGCUGAGCAGCAACUCCAACGAUUUCGAUAUUAUUGACUGUGGUGCCAGGAUCUUGACCGACGAGAAUGGGAGCAAUGAAUGUGGCUUAGACGACCAAGUGUUAGAAGAAGAAACUGAGCUUGAAUCCAGGGAAGCCUUUGAAGAUAGCAUCGAACAUACAAAUGAAGUAGUCUGUUACUCGGAAGAAGUGGACGGUGGAAAACGUACUGAUUGUUGGAGUUGGCUCUUUCUCUGCUUCGGUCUCUCCCAUUUGACUAGAUUUGUUUCGGGAAGAAGACGAUAAAAUCUGGACAUAACUAGGGCAGAUGUCUAAAGCUGUGCGAUUUCCUAAAGACCAUGUCUAAAGCUAUGCGAUGCUGAGGUUAUUGUCGUUGGAGGUUAUUGUAGUUAGACUGAAGAUAUUGUAGAUUUUGUUAAUUCGGGAAGUGGUUUAAAUUUCAUUCCACCGUAAAAGUUCAUAUUCUUUGACCAGACAAAGAUUGACUAGUUAUCAUUUAUCAAGAUUGAGAAGCCACUUUUAAUAAAUAAGGAAGGUUUUUAAAGAGAAAUUGAAUAUCGCGUUUUGAUGUUGUAUAAAUAUUGGUUUAAGGAGUUGUAAAUUACUUAUUCACGUAAUCAACACAAUAAUAACACAAGUGCUUCUCAAGAAAGUUGACACAUCAGCAUUUUAGAGUGUUGUGGAGUUGACAACUCAAUUAAUGAAAAAACUGUGCUUCCAAUGAAAACAAAAGAAACUUAAACGUCACUUUUACAUCAAACAUUUUCAUUUAUUCGUUUUAUUUACGUUCAUAACACUGAUAAAGUCAAAGAAAAUUAAUAUCUAACAACUACAUUCCCAAAGUGCUGGUUAAUCUCUUUUCUUUUAUAUACUAAGUCUUUCAUAAUUUCCUCACUGAAUCUAUUUGUUUACGGUCCUCUACAUGUUAGAAGUCACGUUCUUGUGACAGUUGUGCACAAACCAACUCAUAUUUCUCGACGAGAUUGGUGAGCAAGACAACGAUGUCUGACAAAACAUGUUGUUGUGUUCACAUCCACUAUCAUGAGUAAGAUUUUGGCUUGUCCCAGCGUCUUAAAGGCCGUCGCCACUAAAGAUCUGACUGUGAAAGUAAAUAGAGUUGAUGAUGUGGUGCUUAACAGGCUCUUGUGUCAAUGAACCACAACACAGUCUACAUCAAAAAUCUAUUUGUUUCUGACUGCUGCUCUUUUUCCUGUUCUGUAGAAACAGGUUCUGGCACAGUGAGCAAUUGACUAGAAUUUUUAUAUAAGCUUCGUGUGAUCUGCCUUUAUGCUUGUUAAAGGAGAUGAAGAUGAAGAUUUAAAGGAUUUUUCGGUCACAUAAAGUUUAGUAGAAAGUCAAUACAUGUAUAUACUUGAUAGAUGAAGGUUCUAUUUUUCUUAAGAUUUUACCAUCAUUUAUUCGUUCGUUAAAGCAACUCAUCCAAAAAAACACUAUAUGGUCAUGGAACCAAUUCAAAGAACACAUUUGACUGGUCAUUUUUACAACUUUAUAACCCUUUAAAUUUGUCAAACGUAGGGUGAUUAGGUUAUGGUGUUUCAAAAUUCAACAAUUGUCUACCAAGAGAAAUUUGUUAUGCAUAUUAAUAAAAUCAGGAAUGUGUGGAUAGCAUCUUUUUGCUCAGCUUAUAUAUUUUGUAAUUACUAAUGCAAGUGAAACCAUAAACGUUAAUAUUUUUCAUAUCUAUUUAAUAUUAUUUAAGAAAUUAUUUUAACGCAAUUUAAUAUUUGAAGUUUCAGCAUUUAAAGUAUAUUAAAAUAUUAUUUUGAGAUAAACACAUAA